AUGUCCAACAAUGCUCAAGAGGAUGCUGUUGUCAACCUUAAAACCCUGAGGGAACUCUCUGGACAACUGCGCUUUGAGUGGACGGUCCUGGCGUACGAGCUGGGCUUCAACAGAACUGACAUCAGGAGGUUCCAGACCAAGUCUGCAGAAAAGUCUGUCCAGGCCAGAGCCAUGCUGGAAAACUGGUAUGAGAGGUCAGGGGACAAACCCAACAAAACAAAAGUGCUCCGGGCCGGACUGGAGCGCUCGGGUCGCAGAGACCUGGCCGAGAAGCUGCGCUGCCUUCACUGGGGUCAACAGAAGCUGAGCCGUAAGGUGGAGCUGCCGUCUGCCUUCCCUUUCCUCAUUACCGUCCACAAAACCAUCCACAACCAGGACGGCCUUCGCAAGAUCAACCAACUGAACCGGAGAUGCACCUGA